UUACUCCAGAGCGGUCUACUCUUUUUGACUGCAGAUGUAUGUAAACAGCCAGAAAUGCAGUGAAAAGUGUACACGAAGCAACCGGCGGUCAUUCUAAAAAUAUCAUAUUUCUCAUUCUCAUGCAAUCCACAGUAUGACUCGCUGUAACUGUAACUCAGUAAACGCCAUUCUGCAUCCAAAAAAUUACCGUUUCAUCAUGCACUGUCAGAAGGUUUGGACAAGCUACAACAUUAGGAUAAGAAGUGUAAAAGCAGAGUUUGACAUGUGCACGGUUUUUCUAAACGGAAAUCGGCGUCGCCUGAAUUCUAGUUAGGAAAAAAUACAGGAUGGUUUCGUUUUUCGCGCUCUUAACGAUUGGAAUAUGUUAUCGGAUUUCUGCUGCUGGCGGAUCGGAAUCACAAGAUAACUUGAUAAAAGAAUUGUUUCUUAAUAGAAAUUAUGAUGCCUUAAGUCGUCCGAUUACCAAUGAGAACGAUCCGGUUAUUAUUCAUUUUGCCGUGACAUUAAAUAUUCUUGUGUUUGUGAGCGAUCAAGAUCAGGUUAUGAAAACAAACGGAUAUUUGGAUCUGAACUGGAGUGAUCCCAGAUUAGCAUGGGAACCGACAAAAUACGGCGGCGUCGAUGUGUUGCGCUUACCUGUUGAUAAAAUCUGGCAACCAGACAUCGCAUUAACCAAUACUGUGGAUGGACAAUUCUGGCCGAACUAUAAAUCUAACGCCGUCAUUUACUCCGAUGGAACAGUCCUUUGGGUGCCUCCAUUUAUUUACAAAAGCGGUUGUGAUACGAACCCAUUUUACUUUCCUUUUGAUCAUCAACUUUGUAAUAUGGUUUUCCGCUCUGUGACGUACAAUUCCCUGGAAGUCGAUCUGGAUUCCAAAGAUAAAAUGGAUUUGAAAGAUUACAACGUGCAACCGAGUGGCACCUGGGAAGUAGCAAAAGUCCCUUUAUUUCGCACAUACCGGGCUGAACAGCGCAGUUAUGGUCGCGUGCCUAUCGUUUCCGUACAGCUGGACAUGACUGUCGCCCGCAAAUCCAAAUUUUACGUCACUACGUUUCUCUUGCCCUGCGUGUGUAUUGCCUUUCUGACGGUGUUCGUUUUCUAUUUGCCCACAGCUUCCGGUGAGAAAUUAUGUUUAUCCAUAUCUAUUCUCUUCUCCAUCGUCAUCUUUCUGUUGAUUCUAAUUGAUAUUCUGCCACCAUCGGAUUCACUGCCGCUGAUGACGAAAUUUCUCCUGUUCACCUUUGUCUGUAAUUUAUUAUCGGCGUUCCUGACGACGAUUUCGGUGCGGUGGAAUUUCCGUACUAAUCAGACGUACAUUAUGCCACGCUGGAUCAAAGCGCUGUUCCUCGUUAAAUUACCAAAAUAUUUAAAACUGUCGGUGCCUACUCGAUUAGAGAAGCGAGCGGAUGUGGUCAAACUACAGAAGAAACCGACAUGUAGCAAUAAUUUGGUGCAAAGGUCACGAUCCGAACGAAAACAAACGGGUCUCAAACCGGCAGCGGUACCAAAUGGCCAUCUUAAUCAAUUUUAUUUACCAUCUGUUUAUGAAGAGGAGCGUCGAAAACAUCGAAUUCUGGAUGAAAUUGACCACAUCACACAGUAUCUCCGGCAGUUUCCCGGUUACGAUAGUGCCUUGAAUGGUGUGGCAUACAUUGCGCAUUGCAUGGAGGAACAAGACGAAGAAGAAGAUGUCUCAAAUGAUUGGAAGUUCAUAGCCCUGGUCAUCGAUCGGCUGCUGUUGUGGAUAUUUUUCUUAGGCAAUGCAAUCGGCUCGUUGAGUAUCUUGCUAAAUUCACCGCAUUUGUUUACUGCCCUUCCGGAGAAAUAAGUAAUUUCACAGCUACUGUUUUUAUGUUGCUGUUGUUUGAGGACUACAACAGCGGCUGGCUAGUGUACAGUUAAUUCCGCACACGACCUUUUAUUAAGAGGGCAAAACUGUCUCAACGCAGUUUAAUAAAAUAUUUAAUACUUAAAAACAUCUGCUUUUAUGUAUAAGAGUCGUUACCAGUAAAUUAAAAGUACAGUGGAACCU